AUGACCAUGAACUCAGACCAAAAGCCAAAAAAAAUUCUCCACCACCAAAAAAGUAGGAUCCAAAAACUGAAACUAGUUGGGAAGAUAGGAGUGACGGGAGACGACAAAGGGGGUCAGAGUACUGAGUGUCCCACAGUCAGAGAAAGGCAGACAAACAUUAAUAUUGCACAUGGGAGAAAGAUCUCAGUCAUCCUUGCAUCAGAAGCUGCGAAGAUGGACCAGAUUAACAGAGCUCAAGGAGAAGCAGAAGCCAUCCUUGCAAUAGCGCAAGCAACUUCCAAAGGAAUUGCUAUGGUAUCACAGACACUUAAGGAACAUGGGAGCAUGGAGGCUGCAUGUUUGAGAAUUGCUGAGCAGUAUAUUCAAGCCUUCAGCAAGAUUGCAGAGAAGGGCACAAUAUUGCUUCCUACUAGUGCUUCCGAUCUUGCCAGCACGAUAGCUCAAGUGGUCAGCAUAUACAAAUUCUCGGGACGCACUCAGAAAAAGAUCCCACAGCCAGAGAAAAAGAUCCCACAGCCAGAGGUUGCGCUUCUAGAAAUAGGUAGCAUCAAGGUUGAUUCAGACACUAAGAAUAAGACCCCACAGCCAUUAAAGGAGGAUAAGUCCAAGGUUGACUCACAGCCAGAGGUUAAGUCCAAGGUUGAUUCUCCAUCAUAUGAUAAGACCCGACAGUUAGUAAAGGAGCUUACCCAGAUCUUGGUGAACCUUCUCUUUCCCGAAAUGGAGAGCAACGAAGUGACGAACGAAGAGCCUUUAGAUGCAUCUCAUGAACUGAAUGGAGAGAAGCCCGAAAGAGGAGAAUAA